UGCAAGGAAAAAGAACUCGGAAUUCCGGCUGGACUCGGUUGGUAGAGAAUGGCCAUGGCCCCAUUGCUGCAUCUGCUGCUGCACUGCGCCACCACCCUACUGAUAGCCAACGCCCUGGUCCUGAAUCCCCAGCAGUUACUAAGCUCCGAGGGAAAUGAGGCCAAGUCCAAAGUCAGCUUUCCCAUCGACCUGGACGAGGGCGUAGAUGGCGUCGAUCUGCCCCUGGAGGUGGAACAGGAUGUGAUCGGAGAGGGGUCAAAUGCCAGAUCCCAACACUCGAUGCCGCCCGACUGGCUAACCUUUGACGAACCCACUCCGCCCGUCAAGCAUCGUACCACCUCAAACCACAAGCCACAGCUCAUCCUCAAGCAUCCCACCGGGGGAUUCCACAAGCUGGCCGCCCACGGACAUCGCCAUUGCCACGUGGAGGUGGUCAGCAAGGUGCAGGGCGUCUGUCAACCGAUGCCCAUCGGCAGCGCCUGUGUCUCCGACGAUUACAUGGACCUCUACACUGAUGCCAACUGCUCCAUUCAAUAGAGCGGCCCACUUCCGCACUGAUUGAUUGAUUGAUUAAUUGAUUGAUGGUUACGGAUACGGGUGUGUGCCUGUGUGUGAGCUUAGAUUUUGUGCGAGGAGGAGUACGACUACCUGGUGCGCGAUGUCAGCAAAGCUUGUAUAAAUAAAUCAGUUUAAUAAAAUUUUA